UUGCCCUGACAAUGCGCCUCUACAUUGCGAUGGUUAUAGCCAUUGUUACACAACUGAGUUACAUUGUGACAGAAAGACGUAUUGCCCUACUGGUUCAGACGAAAGCUUUAACACAUGUGCUUCAGAGUUCAAAAUAGAGUGUGAUUUUGAACGUGAUACACUAUGUGGCUAUGGAAUAACCUCAAAUAGAUACAAGAAAUGGAAGAGGGUUAGAGGGAACUGGUACCAAAUACCACCGUUUGAUCAUACCAAACAGGAUGAAAGUGGCCACUUCCUGUUAUUUGUGAACUGGGAUAAUAACCACGUGAGAUAUGACAUUACAACAGCUAUAUCACCAGCUCAGAUAUUUCCAAAAAACGGAUGUGUUACCUUCUGGUACUAUCUCAACAGCACAGCUGUACAACCGACAGGUUUGUCGGCCCAAAUCAUGGUAUCCCUUAACUAUGUUGAUACAGCGAAAACAGAAUUUGUUUGGUACGACUUAGUGAAUAGACCAAUUGACGGUUGGAUAUUUGGCAACUUUGAGGUUCCAGAAAACCAGAAAUUGUCCGUCAACUUUACUGCAGUUACAAGCGAAACAUUCUUGGCAUAUCCAGGGGUGGUUGGACUUGAUGAUGUAUCCUUCACUACGGGAAAAUGCCCUGUUUCCCAAGAAUGUUCAAAUAGAAUGUUUUCAUGCAAACAGUCUGGUACGUGUAUACCAAAGACAUUUAUAUGUGAUGGCAAGUACGACUGUCGCGAUCAGUCAGACGAACACAACUGUGACGAUCGGCCAAAUGGUACAUUUCAACUUGUUGGUGGAGAUGGUACAUACGGACAGCUACAGUACUAUCUUGGUGGAUCAUGGCGACAAGUUUGCUUCCCUCCAGAUUCAUCUCGCGCAGAUGACUUCAGUUACAUAGCAUCUCAGAGGGUCUGCGAGCAGUUGGGCUUCUAUGGCAAAUCAGAAGCGUUUGAGUAUAAGUUAAUGCACACAACCACGAAACCCGUCUCUCUCACGUGCGAUGACGAGAAGUGUUCUCAUACCUUGUGUUCCGUAUCGUAUACAGCUACAUUUGCCGGUAUAAAGUGUUCAAAUUCAGCUUGUUUUUCCGGAACAAAGCUUUGUCCAGGAACAGCCGAUGUUUGCAGACCGACCAGACAUUUUUGUAAUGGAAAUCCAGACUGCCCUAACAAUACUGAUGAAACCAAAUGUUGUUGUCAUGAAGGAGAUGAAUAUUGUACUAGAACUCCAGAUGAAUCCAAAGAUAAAGUUUGCGGACGUGCAAAGAGAAAAGGAUGUUUGAAUGCCAGAGUUCAAUGUUUAGCAAAAAUAAAAUUUGUGACGGGAAUAAAGAUCGUUGAUGGCACGGGUGAUAUAGAUUGGUAG